AUGGCAGAACACACUCCUUCCACAUCGAGUGAAUCGAAUUUGCCAUUGAGUAUGAGCCAUUGGAACAAAGGUGCUAGCAGAAAAGAAUAUUUUGCGAAUAGAGAUGCUAGUAAAGUCUAUCUAUUUUAUAUAUUUCCACGCUGGAAAGAAUUUAAAAAGGAAAGAAACAUCCGAAGUGACAAGGAUGUAGCUGAAAUGUUGCUUGAUGCAUAUCAGUCACAGAUUCGAUUGUGGUACGAUUUUACAUGAAUAGAUAAAGUUUGUCUUUAGUAAACUUUUUUUCUUACUUUUAUUAUUAUCUUACAUCAUUUUCUUUUAUAUUUUCCUGCAGUGUGAGUGUGGAUACCCAGACAGAACCAGAAGCCAUGCCAACAACCCCUUUUGGAAGCAUUCAUGAGUCAGAUGAUUUUCUUUUGCCAGGUUAGUGCUUAGACCAAAAAAAUGUUAGUGUGUGAAGCAUUCAUGAGUCAGAUGAUUUUCUAUGGCCAGGUCAAACAAUUGUCAGUGUGUUAAAAUGCAUCAACGUGUUAUUCUUAUGCGCCUCAUUUUUAAAUUUCGUUUUUGCAGUGUUGACCUCGACACCUGGGACACAAGCCAUGCAGGCCGGGACAAGCAGUUUUCCAUCACCAAGUAUGUUACUUGAAGAACAAGUAUAUUUUUUAUAG